CUGAGCAUUUCGUAUUGUGCGGAUCCUACGUUGAUCCGUACGCAAAUCUUUCUCUAGAUCUCAAGGUACUCUUGCUUUAGAUCACUUUGGGUCUUAUAAACAAACAAACCCGACACUUUACGUGGGCCAAGUACUUGUACAAGGUCAGAUCUUUCCUGUGUCUUUGUCCGUGCAUUAUCACUUCAAGUUUCAUCCCAGCACUCACCUUCAACCUCACCAAACCUGGAACCCCGACUCAAAAUGCCCACCUACGUGCAUCUGGUCCGCCAUGCUCAAGGUUUCCACAACCUGUGCGCCGCAAAUCACUCACUCCCAGACCCGGACCUGACGCCUCUCGGCAAGGAGCAAUGUGCCGCACUGCAGAAGACCUUCCCCUUCCAGGACCAGAUCACCCACCUCGUCGCCUCCCCGCUGCGCCGCACCAUCUACACCUGCCUGCUCUCCUUCGAGCCGGCCGUCAAGGCAGGCAAACGGGUCAUCGCUCUGCCGGAAGUCCAGGAAGUCUCGCCGCUGCCGUGCGACACGGGCUCGUCAGCGGAGACUCUGGCGGGGGAGUUUGCUGAGAAAGUUGACCUGGGCCUGGUGAAGGACGGGUGGAACGACAAGGCGGGUGCGAGCCCCUUUGCGCCGGCGAUGGAUCGGCUCGAGGCCAGGGCGCGCAAGGCGCGGGUUUGGCUGCGGGAGCUGGGCCGGCAGUUCGAGCGGGAGCAGCCCGGGGUGGAUGCACACAUCAUCGUGGUCACGCAUGGCGGGUUCUUGCACUUCUUGACGCAGGACUGGGACGGCAUGAAUCCGGCUGCGGGAACCGGGUGGGCGAACACGGAGUGGCGGACCUAUGAGUUCGUGGAUGAAAAGGGCGAGGACGCGGAUGCGAGUCUGCGGGAGACCAAGGUUAGCUGGCGGCGCAGGAGGGGAAGCGCACAGCCCCUGACCGAGACGGAGCAGAUGGAAUUGAGGGUUGCAACCAAAAGUCGGAUGGAGGAGGAGUGGGGGGGUCAGUUUUGAGCAGAGGAACCGGUAGCUUUGAUUUGCCAGGCUGGGUCAAGUUGAUCGGAUGGUCAGGGCUCGGGCCGGUGCUGCAGGCCGGUGAUCUUCGUGGUCUCCUAAAUUACGGCGUUUUAUCGAGUCGUUUUCAUUAGACGUUUGGUUCUUAGAGCGCACUGAGGCGCCCCCACGAUGUGGGAAUCGAGACGUCUGCAACAAAUGUGCGGCAUAUCAAGGACUAGAUAGAUGCUUAGACCAGUUAUCGGUAGACCGUUAUAGACCGACCAUUGGAAGCCAGAGAGCACGGCAGACGGCAGCGAGAGUAGACAGUUCGGGAUGCACGGCAUGCAGAUCGGAGUGCCUCGGUCCAUUUAUAAACACUUUAAGAAGCGCGCGGCAAGAAUGG